AUGUCGGCCAAGCCUCAGACCACAACGAGCAACCCACCGGUAAUCGACAUGGAGACGGCCUUCAUCAACUCCUCGAAGGACCGUGAGGGUACGUUACCUCCGAACACCAAGCCAUUCCUCUCCGCCAACUACGGGUUUCAUGUCGAUAGAACUGACUCACACACUUGCCGUGGGAUCGUUCAUGCUGCCGAGAAAGGUGUUCUUGUCAGAGGGCUAUACAAGUCCUCCACACCCUCUGACUAA